CUGUGUGACGGUCACGGAGUUGGCCUGCUGGGGUCGUGGCGGAGUUUUGUUUUACGGCCUGAUGCAGUGCUCGCCCUACGAAAUUAAGGAUAAGUUAUUGAAAGCAUUAGACGAGGACAACAAUGUGGUCGACAUGGCUGCCGUCAUUGAGGUUAUCGGCAUGCUGGAAAGAACUCCCAUCACAAAGGACGCCCUGGAGCGCACACGGCUGGGUCGCUACAUCAACGAGCUGCGCAAAAAGACGAGCAACGAGCAGCUGGCCCGACGGGCCAAGGACCUGGUGAAGAGCUGGCGCCGCCUGCUCCCCUGCGGCGCGCCGGCAGAGCGCACCGGCACCCCCAACGGCGCCCCGACGCCCCCGGUCACGCUGGGGCCUGGCCCCGGCCCUGGCGUCGGGCCCGGCCCCGGACCCGGCCUGGGACCCAUCGUGGCAUCCAAGCUGCUCAGUCCGGCGCUGCGGCCGGCACGACUCGCCGGCGUCGUGGCGCCACGCAGCAUCAGCCCGAGCUGCUCUAGCGUGUCCAACAGCCCGGUGCCCCCCGCAGCGUUGGCGGCGGCUACAACAGCAGCACCGCCCAGGACGCGCAAUGGCGGGUUCAAGCCCGUGAGUCCAGCGUGCCGGUCCGCACCCACGUCGCCAGGCUCGCCUCUGGCGCACCCGUACCCCCGGAGCCCCACCACCGGUCUGGAGCCUGUGGCGAAGAACAACGUGGCCAACAAGAGGCUCAGGAAAUCGGCGGAUCGAGAUGGCCUCAAGAAGGCAGCUACCACCGCAACGGCGUCGGGGGCCUCCUCCGGCGUCCCGUGGACACCCCCCAACGGGGUCCACGCCACGGCCGCCGCCACCGCAGCCGCCGUCUGGGACGCCUCCAUCCCCAGCGGCAACUCCGCGUUCGAGAGCGUGCGCCGCAGCCAGUGCACGACCAGCGUCACGUCCCCCCGCGUCAUGCCCAAGGUGAAGACGACGCAGCAGCUGAUCGCCGACCUCCGCGCCAAGAGCGGCGCCAACGUGUCCCUCGACGGAGUGGUAGUGCCUCCAACGUUGUCUCCGCCAACACCGGCGGCGACACGCCACGCGGCGUCGCGUCGCCCGUUGAAGCGCGCGGGCAACUACAGCCUCCUUGGAACGGACGACGAGACGAGCCGGACUAAGUCGGAGUUAAUGGACCGCUUUCUCCAGUCGUCCGCGCGAGAGCCGCCCAACGGUCCGGUGUCGCGCGAGAUCGCCAGCAUCCUGAGCGCUCUCCCGGACUUGAGCUCCUUCGGGAACCUGGAGGAGGAAGAGGAGGAAGAGGACGCGCCGCGGCCGCCGAUGGAAGUGACCCCCGCGGUGGAGGAACGCUUUGCCACGGAGCGGUGGGAGUUUGUCAACGGGGUGUACGACCACGGGGGCGCCUGGCGCGGCUGGGAGGAGGUGACCACGGCGGAGUCGCUGGGGGGUGACGUGCUUCACAUAUUGCCUUAUGUAAAUACAGACUGGUAAGGGGGGGGGGGGGUGGGGGGGGACGCUUCCGCCCCCUCCGCCGCCGGGGAGUGUGCGGCGAGGGGUGGAGAGUGGGCAAUGGCCGUUGGCGCCUCGACUUUAGGAAUACUCAGGUCUUUCCGAGCACUGGUGAGGAACCAUUUGAGCGCGGACGCUCGAUUUAUCGACCGCUACGAGCCGUCGAACGGACUGCUAGGUUUCGGAAAAGUGGUGCUUUUUCCGUUUGUGUCUGGACAGCAUUUUCAAGUUUUUUGGGACGUUUUAUUGUUCUAGGAAUUGGGUAAAGUUUUUCUAGGCUAGUUUACCGUGCACUAUGACAAAAGGAUGGGUGGAGCCCCUUUCUGGAGGCUGCAUCUCCGAUCUAGCACGGUCAACACCGAUUGUACAGUUCGCACGCGGUGCGAGAAUGAAGCCAAAUUGUUUUGCUAAUGUGAACCUCGGUGUGAACGGUCUGUUCUUUCUGAUUCUGUUCGACUCGGUCUGGCAACUUGAGCUGUAUCGAGCAGUCAUGGACGGAAGAGCAGCGUUAGCUUGCUUCUUGCCAGCAUACUGUCAAAUAACGCUUGUGGAAGUCGCGUCGGCAGCUUUGCGAUGUUUAGCACUUCUGGUGGUUUUUGUUUUGCGUUAAUUUAUCUUCCAUACUUUUCAGGGUUUUGAUGGGUAAGUGCGACGCCUUUCAUCUAGCACCUUUGAGCUCAAAGGCCCCGAUGAACGCAUCAACCUAGGGCUUUCUCAUUAUUGUCACAUUUUGGGCAUUAGUCUCAGUCUCGAGGAAAGAAAAAAAACGUUAAAGCAUGAUUAGUGAAUUGUGUCUUCUAGACAAAUAUCAAAGGCAUUCUGUUCUCAUAGCCAUAUAGUCGCUGGCCGCUGAAGUCUGUCUUAAGAUUGAUACGAGGGACAUCACUUUAGGAACGACAUUUGAGUCAUGAAAGUGAGAGACUGAAAGCAGACGUGCGGACCUGUCCUUGUACUCGUGGGCGCUUGGACAAGCUUGCUUGAUUACAAAUGCGUGAAAUUUUUUAUUACAAAAUUUCUAUGUGGCGCAAUUAGCUCGCUUUUAGUAACCGAGCUUGAACCAGCAGUUUGUUUUUUCUACCUAGGCAGGCACAGUAUGCAGUACACUGUCACAAAAAAAUGCACUUUCUAAUGCCCAUCUAAAAUUUUGAAAAAUUUCUUAACAAUAAAAAAUGUCAUAGCAUACAUUUUCCAAUUGCAUGGCGGGACUAGACAUUUGUUUUGUAUUUGUGCUCUAAAAGGGUAACUACCUAUCUUUAGAGAAAUGAGCAUGCCUAAGCUUUCAGAAAUUUUCUGACCUCAAACUCCGUUGAUUACGUCCCAAAAAACGUUGGCUCGUCACCUCGCAUACCCACGACUACGAGCAACGCGUUCGCGGAGUUUUCGUCCGGUGCUCGAAAUUCGGUCUCGAAUCUGAACAAACGGUGUUUGCGCCCGCCCGACCAUGCUUCCAACGGUGCCGCAAGCGAGACGCGAGAGGUGCGGCUGCCCGCACGCGAUUGCCCAUUCUACGCUCUUCUCCCAUUGGCCGGUGGCGACGGAGGGGUGGAACUCGGAGGGUCACGCAAUCAGGCGUGGCCUCCUUUUGCCUGUGAUCACGUGGUGCGCGUCUGGGGGUCGGACAAGGUCGACGCCGAGGGUUGCGCGACUUUUCCCGCCGUGGCUGCCCCCGUGCUGCCCCAGCACAACGUCCUGCGACGUUGCCCGCCACAUUUUUUAGUCAUUCACGCGAAGAGGAGUGAACUUAUCUCGACGGUUUUGACGCACUAUGCUGCAACCGGCCCCUUGCUGUCUCUUGCCCUGCCUUUCGGAGCCCCGCCUUUGUUUCAAACGUCGUGUGCCGCAAGUCUCUUUUGACACGUGCGGGAGCGAGCCCCGCGAAUGUUCGACGCACUCUAGUCGCAGACACGACAAGAAAAGCCCCUUCUUGAGAGGGUGGCCGGCUUCGUCCGGCGUACGUUUGACCGACCGCCGACGAAGAGGAGGAAAAAGCUCAUUUGAGCGGGAGCAUUUGCUUGCAUUGUAUUACGUUGCAUUGUGACCGCGAGUGGCCGGGACGUUUGUGCUUCGUCUGUUGCAUGCAAAGUUACUCGUCGGAUGCGCCGAAAAACUGACGGAGAGGAGAACGUCGGAACGUCGAGCUUUGGUUGGACUGAUUAGUGGGUAGGCCUAAAGCCAGCUGCUUUCGUCUCCGCCGCACUCAUUGAACGGAUUAAAACGUGGAACACCGGAAUCCCCCAUUGGCUUUCACUUUCGAACUCGUCCGACGAGUGCAGUGCAGAUGCAGGCUCUCGUCUCCUCCUCUCCCUCAGUUUCUCGGCGCAUUAGUUGGCAUGCUUCAAUCGCAACACGAAUGUCCCGGGGACUUGCAGUCCGAACUCGACGUAUGCAGACGUAAGCUCCUGUAAUGUAACGCAAAGUAAACUAAUGGUGCUAUGUGAACGGCCCUAAGAACUCUUUGAAAGAUAAGUGAUUUGUUGGCGUUGGCAAUUUGUGGCGGGCGCACUGGUCAUUGAGGCACGGUUGGAUUGCCAACAUUUUGUUGUCGUGUCUGCGAGUAGAAUUUCUCGAACGUUCGCGAAGUGCAACCCUGCCCCCGUGUCGCCAACAAAACGACAAACAAAUUGUUUGUCGGCAGUCACUGCUGCUGAAAUGUGACCAGGUAGUUGAUGGCUUGUUUUUGUCGAGUCUGUGAACGGGGGUUGUUAAAUGUUUGCCAGCGGGCCUUUGACUCAAAAUCUAUACCUCAUUCACGAUUCUCUGACUGAAGCGAAAGCUUUUCAGUGCAAGCUCAUCUAUUUUGUCUCUUGCACCUUCGAGGUCACAUCACGGAAGACGUGGAAUGGAUCGUGAAAUUGGAAUUGAUGAGUAAAACUUGCGUCAUUGCAGCAACAGUGGGAAAGAUGAGUCGCGAGCCAGAGCAGAUUAGCUACAAAGGUGACUAGAUUAAGCGCUACAAAAUUGGUCAGUGUCUGUUAUUUUGACGUUUUUAGCUUUUGGGUGUGCACUGUUGAUGGGAAGCGAAACCAUCUUUCAGGGUUAUGAGCUUGGACUCUUGGCUUCCGGUUGAGGAAAAAGGUGGACGGUAUAUUAAUGUGGAGCUCAAGUUCGUCUGCUUCUUGCACAGGGGUUGCGAUGAGGUCAGAACACCGUGCUCUUAUUGGCUGAUUAAAAUAAAAUGCUGGGUAGACCUCAAGGCAUCUAGCAUUGAGCUCCACCCACUAUCCUUUCAAUCGGAGCUCAGCGUCGUUCUGACAUCACCGCAAUCCCUGCGCAAAAAGCAGGCGACUUGCUUUCUGCAUAGGCAAGCGUGGAUCCGUUUUCCAGACCACGCAGGGAACAGUCUAAUCGGAGCGCUGUUUUUGCUUGAGACAUCGGGCGAAAAAGACGAGGGGUGGCGAUCAGAUAUUUUCGCGCUUCCUGUUUCUGUGGGAUGCACAAUCAUCUAGGGAAAACCAUUCAAAUGUGUCUCUGACAGGCUGGGUUUUAUAUUUUUUUUUUUUUUCACAUGCACAUUUGCAACUACACUCCUUGUAACUGUGGAUGGCCAUCAGUUAGUGUCACAUCCCAAAAUAGAAGCAUUGCAUCGGUGGAACAACAGGCCGGCUCUCGUGAACCAUCGUUUUUUUUUACUCCCUUCUUUUAUUGCACCGGACGUUGCUCUUUUUUUCUCCAUGUGGUUCGAUCCAAACUAACUUGUCAGUGCAAUCAAAUUGAAGCUUCAGUCACCCACCUAAUCUUUGCCGUCACUCGAUUGUGACUACAUUCCCCUGAUGUCAAAGGGCGGGGCUUCCUUUCUUUUUUCUGCUUUUCCAUGGUAUCCACCAUGAGCAUCUCCAGAAUGCCGCAAAACUAUGCGUCUUUGCACUCUGCGGAGUCACGUGGUUGCACGUCUCGGGAGGAUGGGGCCCGAUUUUAGUGCACCUGCCUUCAUUGAGCUCUGCUGAAAUCCAAGGGCCGGUCUUGCCGGGCAAGCGCUCGGCACUCUUCGCUAACAGACUCAACAAGAGCACAUUGUUGGCCGGCUCCACGACUCUCCAACGUCGUCUGGCGAUGUGCGAAUGCAUGUCUUCUGCCGAAACACGAACGGGGUUGCCAACGAGGUGCUUCGUCACAUGUGCGAGUCUGGUGGAUUGAUUGUUUGGUUAUGUGUGCGAAUCUUGUCGGUUGCCCGGCAAUGGUCCGCUACGAGCCGAGGGCGAGUGGGUGCUACGUGCUUCGCGGACCGAUCGGCCGUAGGCGUUGCGUUGGGAGACCGAAUCGAUUGGUCCAACCUGCACACGGCUCCCACUGCGCCGUCUGCCAAGGAGUUGACAGAUUGUGCCGCCACGUGCAAGUUUGGUAGGUUGCGCUGCCUCGGAAGUGCGCAGCUUUCAUAGGCUGAAGGUCAAGUCUGGUUCAUACGCUUAUGACUGCUUACAACCAGAGACGAAAUGCCUGUCGUUAAGCCCCUUGCGACUGUUUACGCUGUGCAGACGGUCGUAAGCAGUCGUGAGAGGCUUAAUAACCGAUUUUUAGCCUUUCCGUGUGCGAGCAGUCGCGAGUGUGUGAACCAGACUCGUAGCCCUCCGAGUUACGCAAUCUCCAGGGUCGCGCAACUCGUCUCAUGAGGCUGGUCACCACCGGAGCUGCGGAAGGUGGGUUAUUACAAAGUGCCAUUACGGCAAUGCCGGCCAGUUGUUUUUCAUCUUUCCCGCCUUGUCGGCUGUCCCCCCACUCUUGAUUUCGACUUCCCAUUUUGUGAUUGUUACGCCUUCCCUCUGCGCUUGUAGCGACUUGUUACGGAAUCGUCUGCACCAUCGACGGACGCAGCUUCGGGGGGCGGGGGCCGUGUCUUUUUUGUCAGCAAGGAGAGACUUUGCGUCGCCCCCCUUCAAGAGGGUGGGGUCGUCGUGCGGACUGGACACUGAGGCCACCCCUUUAUUCCAACGGACUUUGUAGUAAAAGAAGAAUGUAUUAUUUAAGCGGCCUUUCUUUUUUUUUUUUUCUCUUUGGACUCUCGCGAGUUUUGGAAGGUUUUGAGGGAGGGGGGAAGAGAAGAACGACAGAAAAGUGCCUCCAGUCUUGUUUUUCUUCGCUGCACCAUUUUCUUUGUUUGUUUUUUCUUUUCCCCUCCCGGGAUCUCGAAGAGGGCAAACUCCCGCAAGACGCGGGGCCGCAGAUGUCCUGUUUUUUGUGCAUCGUACACGCUGCAAUAUUAAUUGUGUUCAGACAUUAUGUAUGCAGGACGAAGCUUGUCAAAGGAAGAAAAAGUGCUGGACUGACCACUUUGUUGUUUGUGGUAGAGUAAUAUUAUUUUUCUUUCCUUGUUUUUUUAGUUGCCAUUAUGUUUGGUGUACGUUCCCGGAAUCUGUGACGAUGCGGCGCGUGAGGUAGUCUCGGAAGGCGUUAGAGUCCACCCAGCAGUCCAAAGUUUUCAUAGGGAAAUUAUUAUGUGCACGUGUCAUGUUAGUGUUUGCUUUUAAGAGCUUGGUAACAGCGGCAAGAUGCAAGGUCUUAAUAAAAAAGAAGAAACCCAAAA